CGCCUCCCCGAGCGCGCCCGGAACAGCUCUGCUGGGACUCGGGGGAGGCUACGGAGGCGUCGGUUGUGGCGCUACCCUUCAGGUGGGCGGCAGUGUGGGCCUGGCCGCUUCAGCCCUCCUCAAAGCCUCUCCCUGGCGCUUCGCCCGCGGCUCUGAUCUCCCCCGUCGUUCCUCGCCGCGGAGAGCACCGGAGCAACGGGCUAUCAGCCAUCCCCCGGCGCGCCUCUGCGCAGUUCGGAUAUCCCUCUCGAGUGUCCAUCCAAGUGCAGGAGAAGCCGCUCUCCCGCUCCUCGGACCUGGCCGCCCGGGAAGCGUCGGAAGCAGGCCCUGGCGCCUCGGCCACCGGCGACGGACCCAGACAGGACUACUAGAUAACUGCGAGGGGAAGUGGGACCCCGCUGUCUGCUGCGGGGCGCCCGAGGCCGGGAGAGGGUAAGGUGGCUGCUUGCCGCAGUGCGGCCGGCCGCCGGCGCGGGUGCGCGGGGCUUCUCCGGGCUCGGGUUAUUCAUUUAUAACUUGAACUGACGUGACUACUUCAUCUUCACUGCCCGUCGGAACUGCAGACGUUGACGAGACUUAACUCGGUUACCGCGGAGGAAUACUGUGAAUUGCAGUGGCAUCAGUGGCCGGGACAAAUAGGAAUUUACAUGUGUUGUUUGGGCAUCAUGACGCUGAGGCUCUUAGAAGACUGGUGUCGGGGGAUGGAUGUAAACCCGCGGAAAGCGCUGUUGAUUGCCGGCAUCCCCCCGACCUGUAGGGCAGAAAUUGAGGAGGCUCUGCGAUCUGGUUUAGCUCCCUUGAGCGAGUACCGACUGCUCGGGAGGAUGUUCCGGAGGGAAGAGAACAGGAAUGCAGCCUUAAUAGGAUUAACUGAGGAGACGAGUCAUGCUCUGGUCCCUAAAGAGAUACCCGGAAGCGGGGGUACCUGGAGAGUGAUCUUUAAGACCCCUGACCCAGACAAUGAAUUUUUAAGCAGGUUACAUGAAUUCCUAGAGGGAGAGGGCGUGACAUUGGGUGAGUUUACCAGAGCUCUUGGGUAUGGAAACGAUCUUUUUGACCUAGACCAGGACAUGAUGAUCCCAGAAGUGCGGGCCCCUUUGUUGGCACAGGCAUUAGAUGAGGCUCUUCAGCCUGCCCUGCAACACCUGGAAUACAAAAGGCUGAGAGUAUUCUCAGGCAGUGAUCCUCCAGAAGAAGAAGAGUUUGAAUCCUGGCUGUUUCAUGCCACUCAAAUGAUGAAGACAUGGCAGGUGUCAGAUGCCGAAAAAAGAAAGCGAUUGCUAGAGAGCCUUAGAGGCCCGGCAUCUGAUAUCAUUCGCGUCCUCAAGAUAAACAGUCCUUUCAUUACAGUCCCUGAAUGCCUGCAUGCUCUGGAGCAGGUAUUUGGGGUUACCGAUAAUCCUAGGGUGUUGCGGGUCAAGUAUCUGACCACUUACCAGAAGGAUGAAAAAAAGUUGUCUGCGUAUGUACUAAGGCUGGAGCGUUCACUACAGAAACUGGUAGAGAGAGGAGCAGUUGAGCAAGAAGUUGUGAAUCUGGCCCGCCUGGAGCAAGUCAUUGCUGGAGCAGUCCACAGCACGCCGCGCAGGAAGUUUGCUCUGUCAGAGGACGGCUCAGCCUGGCUUACUGCAGUUACACUAGUAAAGGAUGAAGAGGCAGCUGAGGAGGAGGAGGAGGCCCUCCUCCAGGCAGGAUUAGAGGGGCAUUUCACCUGACUCUUGGGAAAUCAGGAAGGGCUCUCUGGCAGUGAGCAGAGCAUAAGGUAGAACAGUCUGUAUGCUCAGUGACAGACAUUAACCAGUCCCUCUCUUGUGUUGCCAAGUAACUCAUUUUUGUGCAGUUCUCGGUAUAAUCCUUUGUCAUUUCUGUGCCCAUUUAAUGUCUCCUAAAUGUGUCAUUGACUAGAAGGAUGUAGUACUGCACUGGUAUUUAUAUAUUUAAAUUCACCCUGUGAAUUUUUUUUUUUUAAUCACACACAGUUGUACAAAAAGUCUCAUCACUACGCACAUGUGAUACUCUGAGAGUACCACCAAGGCUCAGGUGCACAUGCUGAUCCGAUCUCGUCCGGAUGUCAGCUUGUGUGAUAAUAGGUGCAAGUGUAGCUGUCAGAUGUGAUAAUGUGUCAUAGAUAGUUUUGGGUUGUGUACGGCCCUACAUUAAUCAUGAAGAUCGUGAGCAGGGGUUAAGAGGUUAUUUUCUGUGUGAGUCGGAAUUUUAUUGAUUCUAUGCCAUCAAAACAAGAGGCAGAGUUAAAUGCUGCAGUUGGUCAGUUUGCAGCCGCUACCUCUAACCCCAGAUUUCUGAUGUGUGUCUCAAAGCAUCUAGUUCUGAAUGUCAUUUUAAUAGGUUACAAAAUUAUAGAUGUGAACUUAUAAAAUAAAGAAAUGUGAAUAAAAUGA